CCAGGAUGGAAGUUGCCAAGCCGAUUCCUGAAGAAGAAGAAGAGGAAAACGCGACCGUCCUUCCGUCCGCAAAGCCGCGCCACCGGGGGAGACCCACCGAUCUCCGGACGGCCCAUCCUGCGCGCAUCACCUUAGUCUCGUAAUCCAUCCGAACCAUGAAGCCUUCGAUGGCAGAUCCACCCCGUCAGAGAAGGAUGCUGUGGAUUACCCUUCUAAGCACAAUCGCAGUAGCCUGGACUACCCCCAUUCCUUUGAUUGAGGAUUCAGAGGAAAUUGAGGAAGCUUGCUUCGAUCCUUGUUACUGUGAAGUCAAAGAAAGCCUUUUUCAUAUACACUGCGACAACAAGGGAUUUAUAAAUAUUAGCCAGAUAACGGAAUCAUGGUCAAGACCUUUCAAACUUUACCUGCAGAGAAACUCCAUGAGAAGAUUAUACACAAACAGUUUUCUCCACUUGAACAAUGCUGUUUCUAUUAACCUUGGCAACAACGCACUGCAAGACAUCCAGACGGGGGCCUUUAAUGGGCUCAAAAUCCUGAAGCGACUGUACCUGCAUGAGAAUAAACUAGACGUUUUCCGGAAUGAUACUUUCCUGGGAUUAGAGAGCCUGGAAUAUCUGCAGGCAGAUUACAAUGUUAUUAAGCGAAUCGAAAGUGGGGCAUUCCGAAACCUGAGUAAACUCCGGGUCCUGAUCUUAAACGACAACCUAAUUCCCAUGCUUCCGACCAAUUUGUUUAAGUCGGUGUCUCUGACUCACUUGGACUUGCGUGGGAAUAGAUUGAAAGUACUUUCCUAUCGAGGGAUGCUGGACCACAUUGGUAGGAGCUUGAUGGAGAUUCAGUUGGAAGAGAACCCUUGGAACUGUACUUGUGAAAUAGUUCAGCUGAAGAGCUGGCUGGAGCGUAUUCCGUAUACUGCCCUUGUGGGAGACAUUACAUGUGAGACCCCUUUUCACUUCCAUGGCAAGGACUUGAGGGAGAUCAAAAGAAAUAAACUCUGCCCCAUGUUGUCUGACUCAGAACUUGUCAGCGUUGGUGUCCCUCAGUUACCCUCAAGCAAGGAAAAUGCUUGGCCUACUAAACCUUCUUCCAUGUUGUCCUCCUUCCAUUUCACUGCUUCCUCUGUUGAAUAUAAAACCUCCAUUAAGCAGCCCAAACCAACAAAACAGCCCAGGGCUCCCAAACCACCGCCUACACCUCGAGGCCUGUACCCUGCACCCAACCAGCCUCCGAUCGCUGCAUACCAGACAAGGCCACCUAUACCCAUCAUAUGUCCUACUGGCUGCUCCUGUAGUUUGCACAUCAAUGAUUUGGGCCUAACUGUCAACUGCAAGGAGAGAGGGUUCCACAAUAUUUCCGAGCUCUUACCCAGGCCCAUCAAUGCCAAGAAACUCUACCUGAGUGGGAAUUUGAUACAAAAAAUUUACCGUUCAGAUUUCUGGAAUUUUUCCUCCUUGGAUCUUCUGCAUCUUGGGAACAAUCGGAUCUCGUAUGUGCAGGACGGGGCUUUUAUUAACUUGCCUAAUCUGAAAAGCCUAUACUUGAAUGGCAAUGACAUUGAGAGAUUGACCCCAGGCAUGUUCAGAGGCCUGCAGUGCUUGCAUUAUCUGUACUUUGAGUACAAUCAGAUCAGGGAGAUCCAACCCGCCGCCUUCAGUCUCAUGCCUAACCUGAAGCUACUCUUCCUCAAUGACAAUCUCCUGAGGACCCUGCCUACUGAUGCCUUUGCUGGCACAUCCCUGGCCAGACUCAACCUGCGGAACAACAAAUUCCUGUACCUGCCUGUGGCUGGUGUGUUGGAGCACCUUAAUGCCAUUGUCCAGAUUGACCUGAAACUCAAUCCUUGGGAUUGCAUGUGUGAUCUGGUGCCUCUCAAGCAGUGGAUCGAGACGAUCAGUUCUGUCAUUGUGGUGGGGGAUGUCCUUUGUGCCAGCCCAGAGAACCUUACUAAUAGAGAUGUCCGCUCUGUGGAGUUGGAGGUGCUGUGUCCAGAAAUGUUACAUGUUGCCACUGCCUCGCCAGCUCCACCACCAUCAGGUCACCCAAGUCCUACCAGUCCCUCACCCUAUGAGCUAUCCCCAGCUGGAGGAGGGCCAGUACCACUCUCUGUGCUCAUCCUUAGUCUACUUGUGCUGUUUUUCUCUGCAGUAUUCAUUGCUGCAGGCUUGUUUGCCUUUGUCUUACGCCGACGGCGCAAGAAGCUUCCUUUCCGGAACAAGCAGCGGCAGGAAGCCCUUGACUUAACGGGCAUCCAGAUGCAAUGUCAUCACCUCUUUGAGGAGACAGGCGGUGGAGGAGGUGGUGGAAUGAGUGCAUCCCCAGAGAAGGCACCGCCAAUGGGCCAUGUUUAUGAUUACAUCCCUCAUCCGGUAACCCAGAUGUGCAACAAUCCCAUCUACAAGCCGCGCGAAGAAGAUGAAGUUAUAGCAGGAGAAUCCGGGCCACCUGGGGACAUACUUCUAGGAGGUGGCAAUGGAGGUAGUACCUGUGUUGGGGAACAGUUUGUUGACCCCACUAAGGAGAGUGGGAACAGUAGCUGCUAUAGGACCUUGCUGGAGAAGGAGAAGGAAUGGAAUCUGGCAGUGUCCAGCUCGCAGCUCAACACCAUAGUGACAACCAACCAUCACCCACACCCUCAGCCAUCUGGAGGAGGAAUUGGUGUGGGGAUUCCUCUUUUGGGGGAGCUAGCCCUGGUGCCGCCUGUCUUCCACCAUGAGAAGAAUGGUGGGGUAGUACUCUUCCCCCCUACUGGUGCCGUUCUAGACAAUAGGGAGAGGCCCCCAUUGGUCCCUCCAUGCUCAGUGGGCUUUGUGGACUGCCUAUAUGGCACAGUGCCCAAAUUAAAGGAACUGCACGUGCACCCCCCUGGCAUGCAAUAUCCAGACCUACAACAGGACGCCAGACUGAAAGAAACUCUUCUCUUCUCAGCUGGUAAGGGCUUCCCAGAACAUCAUCAAACCCCCCAAAGUGAAUACCUCGAGUUAAGGGCCAAACUCCAAACCAAGCCGGAUUACCUCGAAGUCCUGGAGAAGACCACUUAUAGGUUUUGAGAAAAAAAAAAGUCUAGCUUUUUACAGCCAAAUUCCAGCAUCUCCCACUCCCUCCCCAGCCCCAGAGCACCCUCCCAUCACAUCCGCUCCUCUCCCCUUUCCUCCCCUGACCACCGCAUGCUGAUACUAGAAGAUACAGCUCUGUGCUUCCCCCCUGCCAGUUGUUGGU